AUGGGUAAUUUUAUUUCAAAAAAGCAUUGCAUUUUUGAAAAAAAGGUUGAGGCUAUGGAAUCCAAAAUUACAGCUUUUUUAUACGAAAAGUUUGCUUCAUCCGACACUUUGUCUGAAAAGGCAAUGUGUUUUUUAUAUUCAAUAUUUGCUUCAAUGAUAAUCUAUUCAUUCGCUAAAUUUUACAGAUUAUUAUUUGAAAGAUUAAUUAAAAAUAAUGAAAUAAAAUUAUUAAAAUUAUAUGAUGGUCUUGAUAAAUUAUUUGAAGCAAGGAAGCUUGAAACAGAUUACGAAAAGACCAAAAAGCUUCUCGAGGACUAUGAAUUUUUUAAAAAAAAUUCCAAUAACAGAUACCAAGAAGAGUAUCAACACCAACAACCACCACAACCAUCGCAACCAUCACAACCAAACCCAGGACAACAACCAAAACCAAAAACAAACCCAAACCCACAACCAAAACCAAACCCACCACCAAACCCACCCAACUCACCCAACCUACAACCAAAACCAAACCCAGAGCCAAAACAACAACCCAACCCACACAACCCACAACCAAAACCAAACACACAACCAAAACAACAACAACAACAACAACAACAAAAAAAACCAUUCAUUUUAUUUAUUUUUUUAAAAUGGUGGUUUAAAAAAAUUUAUUAUAUUUUAUUUUCCGAUACAAGAUUACUCUUUUUUGAAAAUUGUGGUAAUUGUAUUGGAAAAAUGCCAAGUGAAUUCCCACCAAGUAAAUUCCGUUGUAUCAUAUGCGGAUUUAUAAAUUAUCCUGACACUGGCAGAAAAAAUAAAUAA